GUCGCGUCGCGUCGCUCUGUUUCUGUGGCGCGAAUGAGAGGCGCGAAGUCACGAUUUGUCACGAAGGCGACUGCGUCCUAUAUGUGUGCACUGUGCAGUCAGUGCUGGUCGGUGCAGUGCCCGAUGUGGUGCGACGCGUGCUGUACGUUUUUCGAUGCGGCGAGCAAGAUCGAGACCGAGUGAACGCAACGCGGUGGAGUUUCCGUUUACGCAGUAGCCCGCUCGUGGAGUCAGGCGGCAUAAAGUGCCUUUUCUGUUAUUAGAGUCUUCGCUAAAAUGUUUCAGAGAGACGGAGUGAGACUCAGACAGCACACGUCGAAGAGAACAUCGACUGAGUUACCUUACGAGAAUAGAAUUGCUUCGAGGAAACAAGAUAUACUGCCAAAUGAUACCCAGCACCUCCUCUUCGUUCUUACGUACUUUCUCUUCAUGUCCUUCAUUAUAAUCGUCUUAGAGAGGAAUUUGCCCGAUCCAAUUACCAUUGACACGGAAGGAUUACAUCCUGGAAAAUUCGUUGCCGAGCGAGCUCGUUAUCAUAUCGUGAACCUUACGUCGAUUGGACCUCGUAUCGCCGGCAGUUAUGAGAACGAAAUCCUAGCUGUAAAAUAUCUAACGACAACGAUCAAUAAUGUGAUGAGAACGGCGCACGAGAAUCACAGGAUCCUCCUUAACAUUACAAAGCACAGCAGCGCGUUUCCACUUAAGUUUCUCGAUGGCAUGACUAAUGUCUACAGAAAUGUACAAAACGUUAUUGUCAAAGUCGGACCUCACAGGCCUACAAUGCAUAGCUUGCUGCUUAAUUGUCAUUUUGAUACGUUUUUAGAAAGCCCAGGUGGUUCUGACGACGCCGCUGGUUGUGCUGUAAUGCUAGAAACUUUACGGAUAAUAACUCAAAGCCCGAGAAUAUUGAAGCACAGCAUUAUAUUUUUAUUCAAUGGGGCAGAGGAAAAUUUAUUGCAGGCAUCUCAUGGCUUCAUAACGCAGCACCCUUGGGCAAAGGAUGUACGAACAUUCAUAAAUUUGGAGGCAUGUGGCGCUGGUGGUCGUGAAUUAUUGUUUCAAGCUGGACCUCACAAUCCUUGGAUUCUUGAGGUUUACGCCAAAUCCGUACCAUAUCCUUAUGCAUCAUCGUUAGCUCAGGAAAUAUUUGAGAGUGGUAUAGUACCUGGUGAUACAGACUUUCGGAUAUUUAGAGACUUUGGAAAAGUUUCAGGACUGGACUUUGCAUGGUCAAAAAAUGGCUAUGUAUACCAUUCUAGAUUUGAUAAUGUUGAUCAAAUACCGCUGGGAGCCUUACAACGAACCGGCGAUAAUAUUCUUGCAUUGACGCAAGGAAUAAUAUUCGGAGAUUAUUUAUCGGACAUGGAUGUGCAAGAGACACGGGGUAAUCUCGUGUUCUUCGACUUCUUGGGCGCAUUCGUUAUUAGAUGGCCACAGUACAUUGCCAGUACAGUUAAUAUCGCCAGUAUGAUUAUAGCUGGGUACUCUAUCCAUUUGAAUAUGCAGAGUGCACGUAGAAAUAUUAAAAAAUGGAUAUACAUGAGAUAUGUGCUGAUGUGCGUUGGAGUGAUCAUGGCUUCGUGGUUGGCAUCUAUGUUUUCUUGUACAUUAAUCGGCCUGAUCCUGACCAAGCUGGGAAAAGUGAUGAGCUGGUACGCAAGACCGGCGUGGCUGUUUUUCUUGUAUGUUUGUCCAACUGUUUUUAUAUCGAUGAUCAUAUUCCUGCAGAUCGGAUGGAGGCAGAAAAAAGAAGUUGGUUCUGCAUGGAUUUUGUAUCAUAUGUACUAUGACGCGUAUUCCCUUAUAUGGAUGUUGAUUCUCUUCAUAUGCGUUUUAUUUGGAAUACGAUCGGGCUUCAUACCGCUUCACUGGGUUUUAUUCCCAUCACUUGGAAAUAUUGCGCGACACAAUUUCUUCAGCAAAUGGAGAGACUGGAAAUGGCUUUGUUACCAAUUGGGAUCGUUAAGUUUAUCUUAUAUACAGUCAUUUUAUUUAGCGCUCGGUGCUCUCUAUCUCUUCAUCCCAAUAAUGGGACGGUCCGGUGGCAGUAUUAAUUCUGAAGUUGUAAUAGCUAACAUGCUGUCAAUAUUAUUCUGCCAACUAUUAUGCUUCACGUUGCCAAUAGUGCUUCUAAUAAAGAAUGCAGAACGAAUUAUAAGUGUGAUUGUUGGAAUUUUCUUAAUUGCUAUUGCUGUGUUAAUUCUAACACCACUUGGAUUCCCUUACAGUGGUGAUCCGUUGUCGCCUGCUCCACAACGAUUUAUGAUUGCGCAUAGUCAACGUCAGUAUUACAAUGUAGAUGGUAGUGAUAGGUAUUUUGGUACGGGAUACUGGUUAGUGGAUUUAGAUAUGAAUAGUCCUCACAGUAUAGAAUCGAUAGUACCUGAAAUAGCUGCUGCGACGCCAACAGUCAAGGAUUGCGAGAAGGAAUUAUAUUGCGGUUUUCCAUAUUUAAUGCCGGUCACAACUUUCUUGUGGAAAACUACCUGGAUUCCGGGACCCGCUCCGCUCAUAAGUAUUCCUACAAAUCUCGAGGUAAUUUCGAAGACUACGAAACAGCAUGUUGUUAAUUUUACCUUUAACGUUACAGGUCCUGACCACAUAGGUAUAAUUUUGUCUCCAUACAAAGGUGUUCAUCUAGAAAAAUGGUCUAUACUUGACGGGAAACCAUUGCAAGGUCCAAAGUGGAACAACAGAGAGACUUAUUUUAUUUAUUACGCAUGUGCCUCAGACUGCGUGCCAUUUAAAUUUUCUAUUGAACUGAAUGUAUCUACAGAACAGAAAGGACCGUGCUUAUCCAUCGCAUUAGCCGGACACUUCUUAUAUGGCGAACACCAAAAAUCUUUGAGAUUUAAAAAAUUUCUGGCACAGUUUCCGUCGUGGACUGUCAUCGCUCCCUGGACGGCAUCGUAUAAAUCAUGGGAAUUGUAAGAUGUAAAACAACUGAGAGGACAAUUGAUGCGGUAAACGUGACUAAAACAAAGCAAUAUUGUCCUAUAGCGAAUCGUCUCUCGCGAAUUAACGAAGUAGCCCAUUAAAAU